AUGAAGCUCUCGAAAAUCUUUGUGUUGACGUCGCUCUUCUUAUUCAAAGUCGCAGCGCAUCUGGAGGAGGUUGCCGGUGGAGGCGCCAACGAUGAUGGUGUUCCAGGGUCCUCCUUGUUGCGGAGCAUUCUAGUGGGCAGAAAAUUACUUGAAGUUGGCGUGGCUUGGAAGUUGGGUAAUGGAGAACGCAUUCGAAUUGGCAAGGAUCCAUGGUUACCAAAAGGGAAUGGUGGUUUUGAGGUGGCGAAGGUGGCUGAUGAGGCGAAGCUCAUUUCUGUUGCGGAGCUGCUGGAGGAUGAUGGAAGCUCGUGGGAUUUGGGAAAAUUGGAGAAGACGUUGGUUGGAGAGGAUAGGUGGAGAGUGACGGCCCAACUUCGUGGUAACCCCCAAGAGAAUGACAAGCCUUUCUGGCCGGACGGAAAACUCAAUAACUAUUCUGUUAAGGCAGCACUCCCAACAGCAAAAGCUCUUCGAAGCCGGAAUAUUGAUGUGGAUAUUUGGUGUCGUAGAUGUGGCCUUCAUGAGGAAACGUUGGAGCAUGCUCUUAGGGAUUGCGAUUGGGUGGAGGCUUUGUGGUCGGUUUCCCCCCUACGACUCCCACCCAUGUCCGGUGAAUGCUCGAUUAUUGACUGGUUUGAGAAGAUCCAAAGUUGUCCAGAUCAUCAGGUUCAUGCACACUUUGCAUCGCUAGCAUGGAGUAUUUGGUACUCGAGAAAUUUACUCAUUUUUCAGCAAAAGGAAAUCUCCCACCUGGAGUGUUUGGUGAUUGCAAAUCAAGCGUGUUGGAAGCCCCCUCUGCGUGCGAGUACCCAACAUCCACAAGCGGUCACUGUUACUUGUGAUAGAGAAGGACAACGGAAGAUUUCGUGUGAUGUGGCGUGGAAUGGAGGGAAUGGGAUUGGGAUUGGUGUGGUGAUGACAACGGAGGAUGGUGGUGUGGUGGGAUGCAGGUACGGAUUCAUUCAUGGGAAUUUCUCGGUGCUGGAAGGGGAAGCUUUGGCACAUCUUGAAGGCAUGCAUUUAGGUCGGGAAAACAGAGUUGAAGACGUUAUCUUCGAAACUGACAGACAAUCCCUUUAUUGGUUGUUACUUAAGCGAGAGGAAGAUCUUUCCUACUUGAGAAACACGCUGCGAGAUAUCAACAGGGAGAUGGAUUCUUUUAGCCACGCAAUGCUCAGCUGGACGCCCAGAUAUGGAAACAUUGUUGCUGACAAGCUUGCUUCUUUUGCUUUAUGUAAUUUUUCUUCUCUUUCGUCUGCUUUGGUUCUACCUUUUGAUGUAAACAUUCUUUGA